GCACCGGGGUGAGCGGGGGCGUGUUGACUUUCCGGGGACGGCGCUCAUGGAGGCUCGGGAGUAGCGAGGCGUCUGAGGGGGUUCGCUGGCCGCCGCCAUGUUCGGCUGCCUGGUGGCGGGCAGGCUGGUGUCCAUGAUCCUGGGGUUGUGCCAGCCAGGUGGUCAACAGCCACUUCUUAGUGACUUGGCAACCUCUUCUGCACCCUAUUUUCCUCCUACGCACAUGGGGAGCGAAGGUACAAGCUGCACCCCAACAAGUGGCUGAAGACAAAUUUGUAUUUGAUCUACCAGACUAUGAAAACAUCAACCAUGUAGUGGUCUUCAUGCUGGGAACUAUACCAUUUCCAGAUGGAAUGGGAGGAUCUGUCUAUUUUUGUUACCCAGACCAGAGUGGGAUGGCAGUGUGGCAGCUGCUGGGGUUUGUCACUAAUGAGAAGCCAAGUGCCAUCUUCAAAAUUUCUGGUCUGAAAUCUGGGAAGGGAAGUCAACAUCCCUUUGGUGCCAUGAACCUCCCACAGACGCCAUCAGUAGCUCAGAUUGGAAUCUCGGUGGAACUGCUGGAGAACCUGGCCCAGCAGACUCCUGUUGCAAGUGCUGCUGUGUCAUCAGUAGAUUCAUUCACAGAGUUCACUCAGAAGAUGUUGGAUAACUUCUAUAACUUUGCUUCCUCAUUUGCUGUUACUCAGGCACAGAUGACCCCAAAUCCUUCUGAAGCUUUCAUUCCUGCAAAUGUAGUUCUGAAAUGGUAUGAGAACUUCCAGAGACGUCUGACACAGAACCCUCUCUUUUGGAAAACAUAAGCUUAAAUUCUGUCAUUUGGAGUUCUUUCUAAAGCGUUACCAGAAAGAUGCAUCAAGUAACUCUGCUGAAGAUUUCUGGGGGGAGGGGGGAAAACUCAAACAACGAUUAGUCUAAAUAGACAAACUAGUAACUUUUAUAUUACUCUUGAACAGUAUUUAAAAUUAAAACCAAUGGAAACAA